AUGGCUGUGUAUAUCUUGGUCCAAUGCUGGAAAUGUCUCGAUGAAAACCUCAUUAUCGAAGCAUGGAAUAUGCAUGAGGCUGAUCUCAGAGAAAAUGAAAGAAUUCUCAGCAAAGUUACUGAUGAGCAAGCUGCCGAAUUUCUUGAGAAGAUCGAACAAGUCAGGGAAGAAUACAUACACAAAGCCGAGCAAGCAUUACCACAAGGUGAGAAUCUGGAUAUGCUCCGAGACUUUAGUGAAAUUCCUGAAAGAAGAUAUCGCAGGCAAGAAGGAGAAAUCGACUUCGAUGAUGAUGAUGAAGAGUGGCAUCCUGAAGCAGAUCUUGACGGAUUCAGUGAUGAUGACUUGGACUUCAUUGAUGAAUACGACCUCAAUUCAACUGAGGAUGAGAGUUCAGUUGAUCCUCCGUCGGAUUACGAACCUGGUAAUAUCGCUGAUGCUUUUUCACCAAUUCCUGUUGAAGUCGAAGAUCCUCCAUCACACCUUCCAGAUCAGAUAUUCUGCUCAAUGGCAAGAGGAGGUGCCUCCUUUAUCAAUUGCGUAGAUAAGGCUCCGCAGUUUGAAGCAAUUUGCUUUUCUCAAGCGAAAUAUCUCAAAGAAUUCGCGGAUAGGAGAACUAAAAAAAACCACAGUGUCGAUCACGUUAAUGGCCUUGAAAUACGUUUAAAUGAUGAACGAUCUUCAUUGAACGUAAGUUUACAAAUGCUAUUUACAAUACUCACAUUAGAGGCCUAUAAUCCCGAAGAUAUUAAUGAUGUAUUUAAAUUGUUUCAUAUUGAAAGUGAUGAUGUUUACACAGAUGUCCUCAGAUUCAUGGAAAUUCUUCUACGAAUGGGCAGAUCAGUCAGGGUUUCUCCAGGACAGUUCUAUCAGGAUCUCGAUUUCCGUGAACAGGGCGAUCCAAGGCUGUUUAUCACACAUUUCUUCAGCCCAGAUCUAUGCGGUAUUGUAUAUAUUGAUGAAAAUAACACUGUUCAACUUGUCAAAAUGUUGAAACUUCCAGAUGACGGAGAUUUUAAAGAUUUCAUUAAGGAAAAGAAAAUUAUUAAGAUGAGCAAAUAUUUGUUCAUAGGAAGCAAUCAACAAUCCCAAGAUGCGCAACCCGACAUAUUGGAGUUUUCCGAUGGUAGCAUUUAUAUUCGUUUUGCUAUCAUUUCAUUAGAAAUUGCAAGAAAUGGAUCACCAUAUUUUAAAUUUUAUAGAAGAUUGGAUCUUGAAGGUAAAUUUGUAAGAAUUACAAAUCAAUGGGUACGCGAGAUGGACAAAGAAAAUGCAAUCGGAAAUCAGUUUAUUUCUUUAUAUGUGAAAGGUAAUGAUCAUAAUGAAUAA